AUACGUGAUCGAUGCCACUCUGGCGGGUCUGGAUGAGUUUCAGGAACGCGACAGUGGUUGGGCAUUGUCGCGUAUAUUGAACCUGAUCGUGAACGUGAACAAGUGCAAUCCCAUGCACGCCGGAUGUUGGUUUGAAAUACCGCAAUGGAUAAAGGUAAAGAAAGCGGUGAUCAACGUGCAUUCAUACGACAACGCGUGUUUCGCGUGGGCGGUAAUCUCCGCUUUGUAUCCCGCUCUGCGGAACGUGGAUCGAUGCGGGUCGUAUCCCUAUUACGCGACGGUGCUGAAUUUGGAAGGGAUCGAGUUUCCUAUGACUCUGAGGCAAAUUUCGAGGUUCGAACGACUCAACGACAUAUCCGUCAACGUUUUCACCACUUGGCGGAAGGGACGCAACGACGAGAUCGUUCCUUUACAGCUGACCAACGAUAAGGACAGACAUGUCAAUCUGUUGUAUCUGUCAGAUUCACGAAACAACUCGAACGGCGGUCAUUUCGCGUGUAUAAAGAAUCUGUCGCGAUUGUUGGGGUCUCAAUUAAACAGGAGCAAGAACAUGAAGUACAUAUGCGAUCGAUGCUUACACUACUUUCACUCGAGAGAGAAAUUGUCCGCUCACAGCGUCGAUUGCGGAAAGAUGAACGACUGCGUCAUCGUUCUUCCGAACGACGACGACAAAUGGUUGUUUUUUCGCGAUCACAGUAGAAAGGAGCGACUUCCCUUCGUGGUCUACGCCGAUCUGGAAUGCGUGUUGGAGAAAGAAAAGAUAGACAACGAUAACGUCAAGAGAUACACAUAUCAGCAUCACAGAGCGUUUAGCGUGGGAUACUACCUGUGCAGCCCGUACGACGAGAUUGGACCCGGGUACAGAUUUCGUCGCGGCGAGGACUGCGUGUCGUGGUUCGUCAACGAGCUCAACGUUAUCGCGCAUCGCGCGAAGGAGAUACUCAUGACGAACGUGACCAUGGCGGAGCUCACGUUGGACGAGACACGAAAUUUUUGGAGCGCGACGAGCUGCCACAUAUGCGAGAGACCGUUCAAAUCGGAGGACGGUCAACGCGUGCGCAAUCACUGCCACUUGACCGGACGUUACAGAGGUCCCGCGCAUCCGCGUUGCAACCUAAAUUAUAGAGACUCGUACGUUAUUCCUGUGUUCUUUCACAAUCUGUCCGGUUACGAUGCCCACUUUAUUAUCAAAGAUAUCGCCAACAGCUUCGAGGGUAGAAUCGAUUUAUUACCGCUCACCAAAGAGUUGUACAUAUUGUUCACGAAGUAUGUAAGGGAAGGCGUUAACUGGGGAAACUGCGCGAAAUUGCGAUUCGUGGAUUCGUUUAAAUUUCUCAGCACCAGUCUCGAGAAAUUGGCGUCGUAUCUCGAUAAGGACAAGCUGAAAAUCAUGCGUUCGGAAUUUUCAGAACUAAGCGAAAGCGAUUUCGACCUGCUCACACGUAAAGGUGUAUUUCCGUACGAGUACGUCGACGGCUUCGAUAAGUUGCUGGUGACGGAAUUACCGCCGCGCGAGGACUUUUACAGUUCGUUGACCGGCGAGACCGCGAGCGAGAGCGAUUACGAGCACGCGCGGAACGUCUGGGGUUGUUUUCGCGUGAGAAAUCUCGGUGAGUACAGCGAUCUGUAUCUCAAAACGGACGUGCUUCUCCUAGCGGAUAUCUUCGAAAAUUUUCGCGACACCUGUAUCGACACUUACGGACUGGAUCCCGCGCAUUACUACACUCUACCAGGAUACACGUGGGACGCGAUGCUGAAGUACACGGGGGUGCGAUUCGAAUUGCUCACCGAUAUUGACAUGGUAAUGUUCGUGGAGCGCGGUAUCCGCGGCGGUCUGAGUCAAUGCUCCAACAGGUACGCGCGAGCCAACAACAAAUAUAUGCGAUCGCACGACUCUUCGCAACCGUCGACGUAUCUCAUGUACUUCGACGUGAACAAUCUGUACGGUUGGGCGAUGUGCGAACCGUUGCCGUACGCGGACUUUCAAUGGGUCGACGACGCGGAGAGUCUCGACGUAAUGUCCGUGAAGUUGGACUCCGCUAUCGGUUACAUCUUGGAGGUCGACCUUGCGUACCCGCAUAAAUUCCACGACGCUCACGCUGACCUUCCGUUCUGCCCGACGCGCGAUAAGUCUCCCGGAAAACGGUGCGAUAAACUCCUCGCCACUCUGCGCGAUAAAUCGCGCUACGUGCUGCAUUACCGUAAUCUACAGCAAUGCGUGCGAUACGGAUUGUGCAUCACGAAGAUUCACCGCGCGCUUCGAUUCGCGCAAUCUCCGUGGCUUCGGGGAUACAUAGAGCUUAAUACGGGAUUCAGAGCUCGCGCCAGCAACGAUUUCGAGAAAGAAAUGUACAAAUUAAUGAACAAUGCGGUAUUCGGCAAGACCAUGGAAAACGUACGAGAUCACGUAGACGUGCGUCUCGUGACGCGUUGGGAUGGGAGAUACGGCGCGGAGGCGAUAAUCGCGAAACCGAAUUUUCACAGUCGAACCGUCUUCGCGGAGAAUCUGAUCGCCGUCGAGUUGCGCAGGCUCGAGGUGAGGUUGUACAAACCCAUCUACGUCGGUAUGUGCAUUCUCGAGAUAUCCAAGACGCGCGUCUACGAUUUUCAUUACGAUUACAUGGUGCCGCUGCAUCGCGAAAGGUGUAAGAUAAUGUACACGGACACCGACAGUCUCAUAUAUUUUCUCGAGUGCGACGACGCGUACGAGGAUAUGAAACGCGACAUCGCGAGAUUCGACACAAGCGGCUAUCCCAAGGACAACAAGUAUCGCAUGCCGCGCGUCAACAAGAAGAUACCCGGUUUGAUGAAGGACGAGAACGACGGCGCGGUGAUGACGGAAUUCGUUGGACUGAGGUCGAAAAUGUACGCCUUGAGGGUCGAGGAAAAGAGCGACACGAAGAAAAUAAAGGGCAUCAAGAGAAACGUGGUCGCGAGAACGAUAACGUUCGACGAUUACGUGUGUUGUCUGAACGACGCGAUAGGGCAGUUUAGGCGUCAGUCGUGUAUUCGUUCGACUGCACACGAGGUACACACCGUGUCCGAGUUGAAACUCGCUCUCAGCCCGUACGACGACAAGCGAUACGUCGUUCCCGACUC